AGCAAUACAAGGCAAAAUCAUUAAAACAGUUUAAUGAAGUCAUAGACACAGUUCAUAUAGUGUAGUACAAGUUCAAUUGGUAUAGUGUAGUAGGGGAUCCAUAUUUGUAAACAUGUCACGAGCAAGUACAAAACUCGACUCAAAAAAAGUUAAUUCUGAAUUAUUUACAUUGACGUACGGUGCAUUGGUAGCCCAGUUAUUAAAGGAUUAUGAAAAUGUAGAAGAUGUGAAUAAACAACUAGAAAGAAUGGGCUAUAAUAUGGGAAUUCGUUUGAUAGAGGAUUUUUUAGCACGUACUGGAUCUGGUCGAUGUUACGAUUUUAGGGACACAGCUGAAAAAAUACAAACUGGCUUUAAAAUAUUUUUGGGUAUUACCCCAACAAUUACAAAUUGGAGUGCUGCCGGCGAUGAAUUCUCUUUAUGCUUUGAAGCAAAUCCAUUGACAGAAUUUGUAGAAUUACCGGAUCAUUGUCUGAAUUUAAAAUAUUGUAACAUAUUAAUUGGAAUUUUACGAGGAGCUUGUGAAAUGGUACAAAUGGAAAUCGCUUGUUGGUUUGUCCAAGAUCAACUUAAAAAUGACAGCACAAAUGAAUUACGUGUUAAAUUUAUUAAAAGACUAGAAGAUGCCAUUCCAGCGGGUGAAGAUUAAGUAAUCUUAUUGUAUUCAAGCAAUAAACCACUAUGGCAAUGGAAGUGAAAUGCAAACUUUGCAGAAAGAAUCUCUUCAACAACAAACCUAUACAGUUAUUAACUUCACAUAGUGAAAUAAAACAGAAUUUGGUGGAUAUAGGAUGUGGUAAUACAAAUGAUACAGAUUCUUCAUCAUACCUACCAAUAGAAAAUGUACCAGAAUGGAUUGUAAACAUUGUAAAUCAAGUAAAGUUUCCAUCAGUAUUCACAAAUAUUCAGUUAUAAACAUUGCAUAAUAUCUAUACAUAUAUUCUAUACUAUG